AUGCUUAAAACCGCCUUUCAAAGAACCAUGUCGGGAACAUGCCACCGUGGACGAUCACUUAUUGCUGUGUGCCAGCUUACGAGCGAUCACGAUAUAGAGAGGAACGUGGAUAUCUGCAAGGAUAUGGUCGAAAGAGCAAGUUUUCGGAAUUGUAAGAUGAUUUUUUUCCCAGAGUGCUUCGAUUUCGUGGGUCGGAGCAAAGAAGAGAACAUAACUCUGGCAUCUGAGGAGCAGGGGCCCGUAAUGGAACUGAAUCGUAUAGAAGUUUCGCUAAUUGAUAAUAAUGGGAAGACAAGAGCUUUAUAUAACAAGUUGCAUUUGUUUGAUCUUGAAAUUCCUGGAAAAGUGAGACUUAUGGAGAGCGAAUUUAGCAAAAAAGGUACAAAGGUUGUUCUUCCUGUAGAAACACCAGUUGGACGCCUCGGACUAUCUAUUUGCUACGAUCUUCGAUUUGCGGAGCUUGCAUUAUGGAAUAGACAGAGAGGUGCUGACAUACUCUCUUAUCCUUCGGCGUUCACUUUGAAUACAGGACUAGCGCACUGGGAGCCUUUACUUCGUACUCGAGCGAUUGAAUCACAGUGCUAUGUAGUGGCUGCUGCUCAAACUGGAAAGCAUAAUGAGAAACGCUUAUCUUAUGGUCAUUCAAUGGUUGUUGAUCCAUGGGGAGCUGUGAUCGCUCAAUGUUCGGAAAGAGUCGAUAUGUGCUUCGCUGAUGUCGAUCUCUCUUAUGUCGAUGAGUUACGCUCCAUGCAACCAGUUUUUGCUCAUCGACGAGCUGAUCUUUACACGUUGCACGUGAACGAGUUCGAUGCCGAAACACCGUUGAAAUUCGGCGAAUUUCCGAUUUCUAACGACACAAUCUUCUACAGAUCUGCGCACUCAUUCGCUUUCGUAAAUCUUAAACCUGUUUUAAAUGGACAUGUGUUGGUUUCCCCUAAGCGUGUAUGUUACCGUCUAACUGAUCUUUCGGACGCUGAGACUGCCGACUUGUUUAUUGUCUCGAAGAAGGUGCAAAAAAUGCUAGAAAAGGUGAGCUUUGGCUGCAAAAGUGUCAUUCACACGUUAACGAAAAUGCGCAUUGCUUUCAAUGCGUAUAUGCCUUGA